AUGGCUGUGGCCCCUGCCAUCGAUAUCUUGGCAGAUGAAUCCUUCGAGUGCCUGCGAAGCUUUGCGCAGGGCUAUGGUUUCUGGUGCGUGGACUCCAUACCUCCUGUAAGAAAAUGGUGGCCAAGUUCAGAGCAUUACUUUCAGGCUGGGAAGUUCGAAGAGCCGCAACUGCAGGAACAGAUUCGGAGGUCUCUGGAACCUGGUAUCGCAAAGCACUUGGGGCGCACAUUGAGCCCAUUACGACCAGAUUGGGAUGACAUCAAACGCAGCAGAUUGCACCAGGCAUUGUUAGAAAAGUUUUGGACGCAUGAAAAGGCUCGUGACCUUCUAUGCAGCAUUCCAAAGAGCACGGGCAUCACGUUUGGCAACACUGCUGACAACUUCUUCGGCACAGGACCAGAUGGAGAAGGACUGAACGUUAUGGGCCAGGAGCUAAUGAGUUUGCGGGAGUAUUUCAGUAUUCAUCCAAAGCGCCAGCAGGUACUGGUGACUCUGGCAGACGUUGGAGAGCCUUUCGAGCCACAGUCAGUUUAUGUGGAUUUGACAGCAGCUUGUCCUACCGAGGUUAUCCGUUUGGUAUGCAAAGUCUUAGGUAUCGCGGAAGAGUCCGUGGCAGAGGUAGCUUUUGUGUAUGAUGAUGGCUUUGAACGCGCGGAGCUUGCCGCGUUUGACUGCAAAGGAGAGCUGCAAGAAUUCUUGGCCAGAAACGCAGGCGAUUGCAAGGCAGAAGUAAGAUUUGUCCAAGCAGCAGUUGUGACCCUGUGGAACGGCACAGAUGAUAGCUACCUGGCACGUACGGAGGUUCUGCAUCUAAGCAGGACAGCAGCAAUGCUGCAGAGGCGUUUGGAGAGUCUUCUGCCCGUCCUCCAGCACGCAAGCUUUCAGCCAGAAGCAACUUUCAGUAUCAAUGGUGGCCCGGGCCAACCACUGGAUGAGACAGCCAUGGAGGAGAUCUGCAAAGCCGCCGUGGAAGAGGCUGAUGUGCUUAUAUGCGGACAGUAUGUUAUUCCAGAGCAUGUUUUGUCCCACGCUCCUCCCAUUGCAGAUCCCCCGAAGUUGAUUCUUGGGGUCCACAGCGAUCUUUCAGCUGAGCAACUUUGCGAUAAGAUUCGAGGAUUAAUCUGGGGCUGUGCGCUGGGAGAUGCGGUUGGCCUAUGCACUGAGUUCAUGGAGAAGACCGAAGCUUCCAGAGCCUACCCUGAGCCCAGAAGGCUCAGCCCAGCCAACAGAGUGGAGGACAAGCAUCGGAAGCGCUGGGUUCAAGGUGACUGGACGGAUGACACCGACCAGUCCGUCUUGGAACAUCCCGCAUUUGGUGUGGCCCCGAGCGUGGCCGCCGAUGUUGUGUGGCGCGAGUGUGGUUGCACUCUGGCAGCCAAUGGUGCCAUCAUGAGAUGUGCGGCAGCUGGGUUAAGCUGCUUCUGGGAUGAAGCCGUAGUGCGGCAUAAUGCAGCAGUCUCUGCUUCGAUUACCCACGCGGAUCCAAGAUGCCUGGCCAGUUGUGUGUGCAUUGCCCUGGUUGUUUCUAAGUUAUUGUCGGGACACAGCACUGACAGUUACAGUCAACGUCGCGAGCUCCUGCUGUCCGUGGCUCUGCAGGCAAGCGGCUACUUGGAUGGUGGAGAUGUGGACGAGCUCUUUCAAUACGUGGACGUCAACAGCAAUGGGCUUGGAGACUUGAAGCUUGGAUCAGGAGGCAUAGGUUACACAUAUAAGCCUUUGGGCGCUGCGUCCUGGGCAUUCCUGCAUCUUGAUAGCUUCAAGGAUGCCAUUCAGGCUAUUACCAUGGAAGCAGGGGAUGCAGAUUCCAAUGCUGCCGUGGCUGGCGCCCUACUUGGCGUGCGGCUGGGCUACUCGAUGCUACCUGAUGACUGGCUCCGUGACCUCCCUGAAGCACAGGUCGCAUGGCUCGAUGCUAAGAUCACUUGCUGCCUGGGCAUGCUAGGGCUGGGCUGA